AUGCAUCCCAAAUCCUUCAAGGCCUCUGUGGUACAUGGAAAUCAAAGCCCUGCAUCCUUGCUGAGACCUGAAAAGCCCAGCUCCUGUCUGUGCAAAGGCUGGCAUCGGGUCACUGCUGGAGCAGCACCCAUCCAGUGCACCAGCCACGUGAGGCAGUGUGCAAACAAGGUCAUUCCCAGCCAGCCCAACCCCGGGACAGCAGCGAUUUCCUUUCCAGUACCAGGUAACACUGCUCCCCCCUGUUCCAACACAGGUGAUGUGAAGGGUGACAUCCUGAUAGAUAUUGGCAGCGGCCCCACCAUUUACCAGCUCCUUUCUGCCUGCGAGAAGUUUAAUGAGAUCAUCGUUUCGGACUAUGCGGACCGGAACUGCCAGGAGCUGGAGAAGUGGCUGAAGAAGGGGCCGGGAGCGUUUGAUUGGACCCCGGUGGUGAAAUACGUGUGCGAGCUGGAGGGACAGAGGGAAAAGUGGGCUGAGAAGGAAGAGAAACUGAGGAAGAAAGUGAAGCAGGUUCUGAAGUGCGAUGUGAGGAAGCCCAACCCUCUGGCCCCCGGGACGCUGCCCGCGGCCGACUGCCUGCUCUCCACGCUGUGCUUGGAAGCUGCCUGCAAAGACCUGGGCACCUUUCGUGCUGCCCUGAAGAACAUCAGCUCCCUGCUAAAGCCAGGGGGACACCUGGUAAUGGUGACGGUGCUGAAAGAAACCUAUUACGUGGUUGACCAGCACAGCUUCUCCUGCCUGUACCUGGACCAGGAGUCAGUGGAAGAAGCCAUUAAAGACGCUGGGUUUGACAUCAAGUUCAUCAAGGAGAUUCAGGAACAUUCCGCAAACACCUUUGCAGACUUUGGAGCCUUGCUCCAUGUGGUUGCACGCAAGCGGGGCCCUAAACCAGCACAAUGAGGAGCAUUGCUCAGCACUGACACCAGCUCGAAUCCUUGUCUGCUCUGCAUCACACCUGGAAAAUGCUGAUGCGCAGCAGAGCGGGCAAGCCACUUUGUUCAAAAAAUACCUUUUGCUUUUCAAUAAAGUGGAGGGAAGCCUC